AUGGAGAUCAAAGCAAAUGACGAAUCCUGUAAGGAGAUGCUGUUGAUUCCAAAUCCGAGGAGAUUCGAAAUCCUUCCUUUACAGUAUCCACUAAUUUGGCAACAUUAUAAGCGUCUGGAAUCUUCGUUUUGGACCGCAGAAGACAUCGACUUCAGCAAAGACGCAUUGGAUUUUGCCGCGCUAAAUGCAGACGAGAAAACAUUCCUGUCCAAGAUACUUGCUUGCCUCAUUUGUGCAAGUGGCACUUUCAACGAAAGUCUGAUAAAGCAUUUCUCGGAGAAGAUUCAGUCCACCGAGGCAAGAUGCUACUUUGGUUUUCAGAUAUUUCUGGAAAACGUGCACUAUGAAAUCUAUUCGCUGCUAUUUAACGUUUUCUAUCCGACAAGGGGAGAUGAAGUGACGAAAUUGUUUAAAGAGGUAGAACAAAUGCCGUUCAUUCAAAUGCGCCAACAAUGGGUCGACAAAUGGAUAGCGAACGAAAAGUACAGCUACGCCCAGCGUCUGGUCGCCCUAGCACCAUUCGAGAAUGUGUUUUUCGCCGGGUGUUUCGCGGCCAUUCUCUCGCUUAAGAAGCAAAAUAUUAUGCCGGGAUUCGUGGCUGCGGUGGAAAAAAUUUUUCUUGAUCAACGUCGUCAUGCUGAUUUUGCGUGCCACCUUUACUCGUACUUUGCCAACCGACCCAACCAGACCAUCGUAGAGCAGAUGGUUGCCGAAGCAGCAGACAUAGAAGUACAGUUGCUUACUGAAUCGGUUCCCGUCACCCUCAUCAAACUGAAUCCGGAGACUAUGCGGCAAUUCGUAGAAUAUGUUGCUGAUUGCUUACUCGAGAAGCUUGAAAUUCCGAAGGUGAUCUUUAAAGAAUCAAGUCACACUGUUGCUUAUUAUAGUUAUCAUACUCGUUAAAC